GUGCGGCACAACAAUGUGGUGCCCAACCAGCACUUCCACAAGACGCUGUGGCAGGACCACGUCAAGACGUGGUUCGACCAGGCCGCGCGCAAGAAGCGCAGGCGCUUGAAGCGCGCUGCCAAGGCGGCUGCUGUCGCGCCGCGGCCCGUCGGCUUGCUGCGUCCAGCGGUGCACCCGCCGACCAACAAGUACAACUACAAGCUGCGGCAGGGCCGCGGCUUCACCUUCGCGGAGCUGAAGGAGGCGGGGAUCAACAAGAAGCAGGCGCGGUCCAUCGGCGUUGCCGUCGACCACCGCAGGCGGAACCGCUCUGCCGAGUCGCUGCAGCUCAACU